AUGCGUUUUCUGAUGAAUGUCCUACGUCAUGUGUCAUAGUGUUUUUUUUUCUCUUAUGUAUUUGUAUUGUCCCAGAGAAACGCUUUUUCUGUUUUCUUGCUACUUUCUUUUCAGUGUGCAUCUUUGUACUCCACGCUCGUUAUGUAUUCUCUCCAUGUCAAAACCAUCUUCGUCCUCAUUCAAAACAACGCUUAGCCACGAGAUUAUUGCUCAAGAGAAAGCUAGCGCUUUUUCGUCCCCACAGUAAUCUUUCUUGCAUUUCCCACACAAUGGCGCCGAAAACGCAUCAGAAAGGUACCCGCAACAGGAACCUGAGCCAAUAUGUUCCGGCGCCUGUGCGGGCUCAGCCGUUCACUCGCAUGACGCCCAUUACGAUGGUACACCUAUAGUUCAGGUUUAGUGUAGUACUUCGCAUCUUUUCAUAUGACAGAGAGUUCUAGUAGUGUCUUUACUUUAUCUAUCCCAGUGGAUGAGGCCACGCACUUUAUGCUUCAUCCACCCUCCGAGCAUAUAAGUGAAGCCUUCUCUUCUUUAAUUUCUAAUACUCAUGGGAAGACCCGCGCUGUUAUCCAACGCCUUGGUCUGAACACGGACGGCGCCGGUAUUGUGUCCGCGCGCAAUCAUAUCCUCAAGACCGUGCGUGAGUGCCCGACACUGAAGCUCAGCGAAGUCAUCAAACGCGUUGGCAACGAUAAGAAGGUCGUCGGGCUCAAGAUCAACGUCACCAAAGAGGAGGAAGCAUGGAAACUUGCGGGACGUGUCGACAAUCAAUGUCACUCGGUGAUCCGUGGCAGCUUGGACUUGACCGUCAUCCCGAUCGAGCGCUUGCUGGUUGUCGUUUCGGUACUACUACAGUGUAGCAGGUUGAUUGUGAAGUGUUCAUGGGCUUCUCAUUCGCUUGUGGUAUGUUGUUGUCGAUCGUCGUUCUUGUUUAUCGAGUUCAUUGUAGCUAUUCGUGACAGCCAGUCUGUGAGUCAGUCUUUCCUCGUUUUUCAUCAAUCAGUUGAGAAAUGGAUCUUCAUCCUUUUUACCUUCUGAUGAAAAUUGCAGGAAUCCCUCGAAGGCAAGCACCAAUACAACGGCCCCAUCAUCUACGACGCCAUGGCGACUGCUGUCGAGAGGUUUUAUGGUAGUGGAAUCAAUUGCAUAAGUACAAAGUGAAAAAGCUACUGAUGGGUGUGGGUUCUAGUAGAAGACUGACUGAUGGACAAGGAACGCGAGCCGCUGUAGCGUAGUGCUCAAUUGAUUCAAGUCCCCCUCCUUCGCUUUCAUAGAUCGCGGGAAAUGGCAGACAAGCGCAAAGAUCCCUUCGCCGAGGAAAAAGAAGAAUGCUUCGAACUGGAAGCAGGAUUCGCGGCAGAAGGAAUUAUCCAAAAGUGCCACUCGUUCGCUGCCUUGAAGAAGUGGCGCUAUCUCUUCCUUUUGUGUAUGUGUUCGCUCCUCAGUUUAUAGCUAUCAUCUAGGGUGUGCUUGUUCCUACGUGUUUUUCAACUUUCGGGAGGUUUUUGUUUCACUUUAUAUCUUGCUGCGAGUUGUAGAGAUUUGUAGUGUCCUCUUUCGUGUAUUAGGACGGAUGACUUUUUAAAUGUAGUAAACUUACUUUCUUUCGGUUGUUGAAAUUUGUGGGCGAUGUUCUCCAUGUCUAUUCUUCCACUAUUUUACUUUUCUCUCACGUCGACUUGAGAGCUCUGCUUUAUGAAGUUGAUAUCGAUCGCUUCUCACUAUUCAGGCUCGACGCCGCCGUGCGCACGCGCCUGCGAUUCUCUUAUCUGUUUGAGAUUCUUGGGUACGAACCACUGAAGAAGAAGGAGUGGAACGUGAUGGCUUUGAAGGACAUGCAGACAGAGCUCCUGGACGAUAUCGAGAUGCGCGUUUAUUCUGCCCUGCUGGACGUAUCCUUGCUUUUUUGUCAUGUCUUCACUGACCUCCGAAGUGAGUCGAGGCGUGUUUCGUUGCUUCAAGCUUGUUUUUUCUAUGAUAAGAAGCAGACUGUUUGUUGAGGUGUUUUUCGUUCUCGUUGUUUCUCAUUCUUCACAAUAAAACUUUCAAACAGUUCUGCGAUAAUCGCGCAACAAAGUCCUACGACGAUGCACGUAAGAUCAAAAGCAUGGUUCUCCUUGCGGAUAGUGAGCCUGCGUUUCAGAAUAACACACCGCAGCAAAUUGGGGAGAUGCUGAAUGAAGAGAACACGUUUGGCCUGUUCAUGAUCUUGAGCGAACAGCGGGAGGCCGAUAGCGUCCAUGAAGGUCUCGUGAAGGUGAACAACAAGCCGCGCACUCGAGAGAUGGCGCUUCUAUAA